AUGGAUAAGAAGCCAAGUACAAUUAAUCAACAACGUCCUAUUCGAAAAACUUCACCACAAAAUUUAACUAUGGGAAAAACAAAACGACGUUAUUCACAUCAAUCAAAAAAUUUUUCUACACAACAAGAACCAACAUUUUUCGUAUUUGAACAUUUAAAUACUACUAGUCGUUUAAAACAACGAAAUAAUACAUCAUUUCGACCACUUGCUACUUCAACACCGUAUGAAAUUGAACAAUUACAUUCAAUCAAUAGUAGCAAUUCUCCACGUAAAUUUCUUAUAGGAAUAACAAUAAUGACAUAUCGAAAAAAAAAAAUAAUCUUUUACUUUCAGAUUCAUUUGUAA